AGGCAUUCAACUAUAAAUAUAAUAGAUUCAACUGUAGUGGUAUAAUUGAUUCAACUGUAAAUAUGAUAGAUUCAACUGUAGUGGUAUAAUUGAUUCAAAUGUAAAUAUGAUAGAUUCAACUACAAUUGUAUCAUUGAUUUUAGGCAUUCAACUAUAAAUAUAAUAGAUUCAACUGUGGUCGUAUAAUUGAUUCAACUGUAAAUAUGAUAGAUUCAACUGUAGUGGUAUAAUUGAUUCAAUUGUAAAUAUGAUAGAUUGAACUACAUAUGUAUGAUUGAUUCUAGGUAUUGAAACAUAAAUAUAGUAAAUGAAACUUGAUUGUUAUGAUAGAUUCUAGAAUCUAGAAUUUACAAUAAAUAUAUUUGGUUUAACUGGCAUCAAUGUUUAGAUUUUUCUCUUGCCGCCAUUUCAGUUAUUUACAUUCGCCGCGGGAGGAGACAAAUUUUUUUUGCCGUACCAGAAAUGAGUCUUGCAGAUUCGGAUACGGAUGGUAGCAUGCGGGAAGCAGACGGAAGAAAUACUGGAGCAGCUAGAGGUUCAAGAAUGAUUUCUCCGGAACAAAAUUCCUCUUCAUCGACUUCUGAAUCGUCAGCUCCGGCCAUCAUCGGAACAACCACAGACUACUCGCCGAACCCAAAGCCACCGCUAGCACUCGAAAAGGAUACGAACAUUAUUGGAAGGCAAGUUUCCGGUUGUUCUACCGAAGGCAACAUGCCAUACAGUGGCAACGGGGGAUCCGGUUUCCGUAGCUCCUUUAAUGGACGCGUUCCAUUCACUCGUAUGCUUUCCAGCAACCCUAGCAGUGAUCGGCGCUCCGGGAAUGCCGGUGCUGAAAUCUAUCCUAUUUCGGCAUCUUCGUCGAUUGCCAGCUAGUGGAUCCAAAAUAAUCCAACUGAAGAAGAAGGUUUUGGUGCAGCUCGCGCUUCGGUGAUUUUAACUACCAUCACCAUCAUCAUCAUUUCCAGAAUCACCAGCCACGGUUCUCGAAUAAUCAUGGUUAUGAUGGUUAUUUUAUGGAGGUGAUGGAGGUUUAAGUUUGUUUACACAUUAAAAUGAUAAAUUAAUUUUAAGAAAUACAAUGUUCCUACUCUUUUGGUAGCUUUUAUUUCGGAACCCAAAAUUAAAGGUUCUGAGCCUAGUAAAAACCUAUAAAACUUCCGAAAUCUAACUUUUUUUUAAUUGUAUACAUGAAAUAAAUCAAAUAAAAUAAGCUUUUAAUUCUAUAAUACACAAUAAUUGAAUCGACUACAAAUAUAAUUGAAUCAACUAUUUUUGUAUAAUUAAAUUUACUAUAUAUAUAAUUGAAUCAAUCAUACAAUCAAAGUUGAAUCUAUCA